AUGCCCAAAGCACUAAGCUCAGAAGAGCCUUGGCUAAGACAUAUUCAGGAUCUUAGUAGUCGAGUGUGGAUCCUUCAUAACAACACCCUCACUGCAGUCCCAAGGAAAGAACAAACUGUUCCAGCCACUGUCACCUUACUCCCAUGCCAGCAUCUGGAGACUCUGGAGAAGGGAAAGGGGGGUCCCAUGUAUCUGGGAGUGAACACACCGAGGUGCUGCCUGUUCUGCACCAAGGAUGGGGAGCAGCCUGUGCUACAACUGAAGCCAGGGAGCAUGCUGGAACUGUACCACCAAAGAGAACCUGCAAAGCCCUCUAUCUUCUACCACAGCAAGAAUGGCACAACCUCAACGUUCGAGUCGGCCGCCUUCCCUGGUUGGUUCAUUGCUGUCGGCCCCAAAGGGAGCAGUCCACUCUUUCUGACCCGAGAGCUGGGGAAAACCUUCAUGACUGACUUUGAGAUGAUAGUGGUGCCUUGA